AUGGAUGAGUACGAUGAAGAUGUCGAUCCACUUGCUGGUCCUAUUGCUGAUCUAAUGGCUGAACAUAGUCUAUCUUCGACCACUUCGACGAGCACAUCGAAAGCACAAAGCCCAACUGACCUCUUACAUGAACCGCUGACGAAAACGAAAAUUUUCGAUUUGUUAUUCCAUCUCAAUCUUCGAUCGCAUUUUCACCAAAUAUUUGCAUAUCUUCUAGACAAACUCUGGUAUCAUUAUCUUCAUAAAACUUGUCCUAAAACCGAUCAAGAUAUCAGCCUUAAUCAUCCAUCUCCGACAAAACUCAUUUCACUUCUUCUCAUCUCGAUUCUUCUUAUUUUCCUAUUUCCUCUCAUCUUCUGCAUGUUCAUCGUAUUUCUCAUCAUCAUCGACUUUCUCAUUCCACUCUACAUUUAUCACAUUUGGUUUAAUUGCUUACGAACAACGCGCAAGUUUCUCCACACGAUUCAAGCUCAUCAGCAAUGGUUAGUGUACAUUCAUGGUUUUCAAUUGAUUCGUCCGACAUCAUCUCUAUUUGAAAAUCAAUUACAUCAACUUCGUCAACAGAUCUUUGUUGAAUUACAAAAAUCUUUCCUACUAUCCCGUCAAAUCGCUCGGCAACAUUCGACAGCCAACGAACAACUCAUCUGUUACAUUGACCUGGAAGAAUUCGGUCCAUUGAUACAAUCGGAUCCAAGUGAACUCGACAAAUUGACCAAUCAAUUCGAUCAGAUUUCUGUCAAUUCAAUCUUCAAAUUAGCUCAUCUACAAAUCAACGAAUGCAUUCAGCUGAUACACUUAACUCGUCCGAGUUCAUAUUGGAUGUUCGACAAUUUUCAAACGAAACUACUCGAUGCUAUGAACAGAUUAAAUAAAACCAAACAAAAUUGUUCGAUUAUGAUCGAUUAUACCGAUUUGGAAACAAAUCCUUCGCCAAAACGAUUAAUUUCAUCCUAUUUUCUUCUUCGAUCGAGCUGUGAACAGUUAUUUCAAAUGAAUGAAAGCAAUUCUACCAAUCACGAACAAUUAAAACGCAUUAUUCAAGAUUUGAAGACAGUUAUUCAUUCUCUUGAAGCCAUACAAGCAAAGCCAAUAGUGAAAACUAAUGAAGAUAACUCCGAAGAACUUCUGACCAAAGACAGCCAUCCAUCGAAUAUCACGAGUUACCAUCGAUUUGACGAUGAAAUCGAAGAGACAACUGAUGAAAUUCUCAUAUGUCACACUGGAAAAUCGUUCAAUGAUGGUGAGAACGAUGAAAUGGCUCAUAGUCUAGAUCUUAACGAUUACGAACAGCAGUUAUUACGUGAACAGACGAACUGUUUGAUGAAAGAACUUCAAACAGCUAUUCAAGGCAAGAAACAGGAUUGGAAUGAACGUGAACAGCGUUUGCUUGGAGCUGUUGACCAAGUAGAAGAAGAACCAUUGACAGAGAUUAAACAGGAAGUUGUGAACGAAGAACCUUUUGAAAAAUUAUUGCCUAUGUCAAAUACCAUAUCAAUGUUGGAUGAAUUGAAAAAUACGUUUGUUUUGAACAGAAAGAAACUUAAUAUCAAUGAAGAUAUUUUUGGGGAAGAUGAUAUUGAAGAUUUCGAUGAUGAGGAUAAUUGA